AUGGACUUGGUAUCAGCGGCAAAUAGUGAGAAAUCGGAGAUUCCGCUGAAAUCCACUGUGGUCGAAGUGGAGGCCGUAGAUAUUGCGGAGCAGGUUCACGAGUCGGCCGCGCUCGAGGAAUCCUCCGAGAACGACAGCGAUAGCUCAGAUGACUGCGACACUAGCUCUCGUGGAAGUCAUGAUGGAAGGGCCGUUCAAUUCUUGAAUGACGUUGCUUUACGUGACGGGCUUGUUCCAGACGCCUGUACCCUGGAAGAAGCGAUCGCAUACCGUAACCGUCUACAUGCUAUCGGUACGGUUGCGUUUGUGGAAGAGACCCUCGACCGCGAGACUAUCUCCGCUAAGAAGCUAUGUACGGCGUUUAACAUCGUGCCCCCAAAGUUCUUAGAGGGUGAGCCAGAUGAAGCAUACCACCCUCUCCUUGCCAUCGCGCUCUCGCGGGAAUUUUCCCGACGUCGUAAGCUUGAUCAGUUCAACUCGAUCGAUGACGCAGUUCGAUUGCUACAGGAUUCCAAGAACAUUAUCGUCUUGACUGGCGCUGGUAUCUCCACCAGUCUUGGUAUUCCUGAUUUUCGUUCGAAGGAUACUGGUCUCUACUCAAAGUUGGAGCAUCUGGGACUGAGCGACCCUCAAGAAGUUUUUGAUAUUCAAAUCUUUCGCGAAGACCCUGGCAUUUUCUUUUCCAUUGCCAAAGACAUUCUUCCUACGGAGAACAAAUUCUCGCCAACUCAUGGCUUUAUCAAGCUUCUGCAGGAUAAGGGAAAGUUACUCACAAACUACACCCAGAACAUUGAUAACAUCGAGGCAAAUGCCGGGGUCUUGCCAGAGAAAAUGGUACAGUGCCAUGGAUCCUUUGCGACUGCGACAUGCUAUAAGUGCGGUUUCAAGGUCCCUGGCGAGGCGAUCUUCAGUGAUAUCAAGGGAGGAAAAAUUCCUGAGUGUUCUGCUUGCAAGCAGCGAAUUGCCGAAGGGUCGCUGAAGCCCGUGGACCUGAAACGCAAGCGAAACUCCAACAGCCAGCGGAAGAACCGCAAGGAUAUCUACUAUGAUAUCCAUGAUUCUUCCGAUGAAGAUGAACAGAAUGAUGACAUCCCAACUCCUGGAGUCAUGAAGCCCGAUAUAACCUUCUUUGGCGAGGAUCUUCCAGAUUCGUUUGCCGAACGCUUGAUCCACAAAGAUCGGAACCUGGUAGAUUUGGUCAUUGUCAUUGGCACUUCGCUGAAGGUUGCCCCCGUUGCAGAAGCGCCCGGCAUUCUACCCCGCCACAUCCCACAGAUCUACAUCUCGCGCACUCCUGUGUCGCAUAUUGGCUUUGACAUUGAUCUUUUGGGUGAUUGCGAUGUGAUAGUUUCGGAGCUUUGCCGCCGAGCUGGUUGGGAUUUGCAACACCAUAUGAUACCCGCGGAUGAGAAGGUAGAGAUUACUCUCGAGGAGGGUUACGAGUCACGACAUGUGUUUAAGGCGAUUUAA